GUUCCUCUUUCUCAGUGCACACAGGAACCGGAAGUGAAUCGUUCAUCACACUCGUGCGUGUUCUUGUUUACAACAGACAGCAAGAGAAUAAAACUUGGGAUAUUUGCGACUCUACAGCAAGAUAUGUCGGACAACGAAGAUAACUUUGAUGACGGAGAUUUUGAUGAUGCUGAAGAGGACGAAGGAUUAGAUGACUUGGAAAACGCGGAAGACGACGACCAGGAGAAUGUUCAGAUCCUACCGGCAGGUGAGGGCCAGCAGGCCAACCAGAAGAGGAUAACAACAUCAUACAUGACAAAAUAUGAGCGAGCCAGAGUUUUGGGAACUAGAGCCCUCCAAAUAGCGAUGUGCGCACCGGUCAUGGUGGAACUGGAAGGAGAAACGGACCCCUUACAAAUUGCCAUGAAGGAGCUCAAGUGUGGAAAGAUCCCCGUCAUCAUCCGCCGCUACCUUCCAGAUGGAAGUUAUGAAGACUGGGGCUGCGAUGAGCUCAUCAUUAAUGAUUAAGUCACUUGGGCAAGCGACUCUUCCUUCUCCCAGCAAAUGUCCACUGGAGGUGCUGUUGUAUUUUUUUUACCUCCACUCUAUGAAGCAAGCGAUUGUUGGUACAAUGUACCGAACAAGCAUCCUCGCCGCUUUUAAUUGAAUCCUACCCAUUGUACCUCCUGCUUAAACCACAUUUUGACGGAGCUCUUCAAAGGGAGGAAAGUACCAUGAACGUUUUUUUUUUUUAAUUUUAGAGAAUUAAAAGCCUGCAUUUGUCAUUUUUCAUGCAGUUGUGACUGUAACGUAAGUUUUAUUGGUUUGAAUAAAGUACUUACAACUUUUG